UUUGUGUAGUCAGCUCAAGCCGCCCGCUGCUGGCCCUUCAGCUGGAGGUGACAUUCAGUCGACUAGCCGAAUCGGGGGAGCGUUAGCAUCAACAAACGUUCCAACAUGGCACAAGCAGUGCAGAAACUGGUCGCUAAAGUACCCACUCUAAUCGGAGCCGCUGUCACAUAUUCCAAACCUCGACUAUCAACGUUUUGGUAUUAUGCUCGUGUGGAGCUCGUCCCCCCUACACCUGCCGAGAUCCCGAAGGCCAUCGAGGGAGCAAAAAACCUCAUCAAGAGCUUCCAGAGCGGACGCCUCGCUCAGACCACCGUGAAGGACGCUGUGAGGAACGGGCUGGUGGCCACUGAAGUGCUGAUGUGGUUCUACAUUGGAGAAUGCAUUGGCAAGGGUGGCAUUGUUGGCUACGAUGUCUGAUUUCUGGACUGUUUUCCCUUUGAGCGUUGUAUGCUUAACUUCCUGUGAGAAUCCUUGGAACCAAUAAACAGAUAUCUAUUGUUUGUUUUUGAA